AUGAUGCCACUUCACAGGAGAAACAUUCCUGCGAAAGAAGAUGACGCUUCCGAUGAUGUUCGAAAACCCGAGCCUCAGGUGUCUAUACAGAAGAAAACAGACGUCUCAGCACCAUCCAAAAGCAAGAGAUCCCGGCUGAUACUGUUGGCCAUUGCCAAUUUUCUCUUUUUGGGGUUCGUGUCGACGAAGUACAAGUUCAAGUCCACAUCCCAGUUGACUGCGAUCCUUGCGACAGCUCAGCUUAUGUUUAUUCCAAGCUUGCUGUCACUGGCUAUCGGAGUCUUCGAUAUGUCAUCCUCAGCACUGCCUCAUCAGCGAUACAUUCCAUUAGCGGCGGUAGGGACCAUCGUCGGCAACCUACUACCAUCCUACUUGAGCAGUGCUCUGGCAAAUCUUGCAAUCGUCAUCUUUGGGCUUUCAUCAAGACCUCUUCCAAAGAAGGAUGACGAAGUGGUUCAAACUCAACAAAAAUCGGACUUUUUAGCGGGACCAUUGGGGACUGUGCUGGCGGCCUUUGUCAUGACAACAAUGCUCUUGAUUGAGAAUUUUUGCAUCUGGGUUGUUUCAGCGACCUACAAGGCGAGUCAGAAUAAAGAAACACUACCAGCUCCUCUACAAGACAAUGGUCAACUAAUCAUGAGAUACUUCUUCACUUCCGUCAUGGAAGUGUCCAAGAAAGAAGUGGUCAAAGUCCGGAACAAAAUCAAUGUCGAAUGGAUCUUGGUAUCGGGGUUAGGACUAGCCAUUGUUGCUCUCGAAAUGGAUGGGGGUCGGAUGAAACGAAGUUUGUGGGGAGUUGGUAAACGAGCUCUCUACACCCUGGGCAUUGCGCGAGGGAUCCGAACUUUCAGCUUUCUCAUUACGGUUCUUCCCAGUCAGAAUCCAAAAUGUUAUUUUUCGCACUUUCCUACACCGCCACCAGAUGAAUGGAUUCCAUGGAUCGUGGAAGGAUUCGUUCCACAAGCCAACGGAGGAUGCAACGAUUUGAUCGUGAGUGGACAUGCCACAGUGACAUCGACAUUGGCUUGCAUGGUGACAAGCGUGGUGGGAGAACCCCUGUUCACGGCGGCAAUUUGGAUGUUUGUUACUAUGGAUUACAUGGUGGAGGUUUACGAAGGCUUUCAUUACUCAGUUGAUAUGUGGCUUGGAGCCAUCCUGGUCAAUUUCAUUUGGAAUACGCUAGCUUCCGUAGAAAAUUCUGCGAACCGACGACAAGAGUUAGCACCAAAGAAAGCAUUCAUUCCGUUGCAAGAUGCUACAAUCUCCGAUUUUAUGAAAUAUUCUGUUCCUGCAGUUGGUUCUUAUUUACAAUUGAAUGGGAUCAUACCAAACGAUUACGCGAAUUACACGAUCAUCUUGUACUUCUUGGCUGUUGCCUACCGGAUAUCGAAAAUUGGAUUUGAACAAUAUUCACAACACAGCUUGAUUUGUGUUCUAUUCCUGGCCAUUGGCAUCUACGUGUGA